GCGAACGCGCGACGUGACGGACGUUUGCCAUUGUAAAAUUUUCUCAAUCCAAUUCGAAAGUCGAAAGUUUUACUUUUCUGAAGAGAGGUGGUAGAGACUAGACCCUCUUCUCUCCAACUUCUAUCAUCCGAAGAAAAAGCAGCAGCAGAAGAAGAAAGAAAGCAGGAAUGCAGAUGUCUUUGUUCGCUUAAUCUGCCUACGGUCUACCCUUUCUUAUUAAGAUGGCAGGGACGUCAUGGUUGGUUGAUGGCAAAAGAAUUGCAACAAAAAUCAAGAGUGCAUCUGCAACAUGUGAUCCUAGAAACAUCAAAUGGAAAAGCAACCCAACAAGAGCCUGUCCAAAGUGUAACCAUAUUAUUGACAACAAUGAUAUCACCCAACAGUGGCCAGGUUUACCCAGAGGUGUGAAAUUCGAUCCAUCUGAUCAAGAGAUUAUUUGGCAUUUGCUUGCAAAAGUUGGUGCAUCAGGUGUGAAACCUCAUCCUUUUAUUGAUGAGUUCAUUCCAACUGUCGAUGAAGAUGAUGGAAUCUGUUAUACCCAUCCUCAAAACUUACCAGGUGUUAAGCAAGAUGGAAGUGUGUCCCACUUCUUCCAUCGGGCAAUUAGAGCUUACAGUACUGGAACACGGAAACGGAGGAAAAUACUUGAUGAUGACCUGGGUGAUGUCCGUUGGCACAAGACUGGGAGAACUAAACCUGUGAUUUUGGAUGGAGUACAAAGAGGAUGCAAAAAGAUCAUGGUUCUCUAUAUGAGCAUGGCAAGGGGUGGAAAACCUGAGAAAACUAAUUGGGUGAUGCAUCAAUAUCACCUUGGCACUGGGGAGGAUGAGAAGGAUGGAGAGUUUGUUAUUUCUAAGAUAUUUUAUCAGCAACAGGCAAAGCAAGGUGACAAAAUUGAAGGAGACCAGCCUCUUGAUAUUGCUGAAGCCAUUGUUGCAAAAGUUGAUCCAGUUACUCCUAAAUCUGUGACUCCUGAUCCACCUUGUACUGAAAGGUUACAUUCUGAUCGUGGACAUGAACAAGAAUCUACAUUUAAUUACAUGGAACCCUGUGGCCAGCAUCAUGGGAAAAGAUCUAUAGAAGUUGGUUUGCCACCUGGGUUGGAUGAGCUUGACUAUCAAGAUCACAGAGUAGAAGAUUGUGAAAGGCCGCAUUCUGACCUUGAUAUUGGAAAAGAACCAGAAUGUAGUCACCUCACAACGUUUUCCCAGCAUCCCGAGACAAGGUACUUGGAAGAUGAGAUACAACCUAAAUUGGAAAAACCCGAUGGUCGAGGUUCCCAGAAACUGGAUGAACAUGAUAAUGACAUGGUGGACAAUCAUGAAAAUCAAAAUGGGGAAGAUCCAAAAUGGUGGGAAGGUGAAUCACAGUUCCUGUUAGAUUCUCAGCAGCUCGUGGAAGGACUGUCUCUGUGUGAUGAACUUCUUCAGAGCCAGUCCUCCAGUGGGGAUGGAGAUGGCAAAGAACAGAAGGAAAAGCCCCGCCUGUCUGAUUAUGCUCAAAUAGGGGUAGAAGAUCUUAAGAGGGACCUGGAGGAGUGCCAAAAGUUGAGCGUUGUUGAUCCUGGCAAUAUUGAGCUUGAUACACCUCCAGAUUUCCGGUUGAGCCAGCUUGAGUUCGAGUCACAGGACAGCUAUACUCCAUGGGUUGGGACCAAAGUGGGGGCUGAAUGGAGUAUGGGUGCCAAUUUAACUCAAUGAUGCUCAAGUGGAUUUACAUUUUUGUAUAUUUUUUUGUUAUCUAUUUAUGAGUUUCACUUAUCUGAGAGGAUGUCCUUUACAACAUUAUCCUCAGUAAACCAGAAACAGAAAGACAUUGCAUUGUUUUGACUUUUGAGCGGACUCCACUUAUAAUGCUGCUGUAAAGCUCUUUGAUGCUUGAAACCAUGUGUGAAUUACUAAUGCAUUUUGGUCUAUGUUCUUCUGA